AUGGCUUUAGCAGUAGAAAGAAUAGCAAAAUAUGCAAUUCCAAUCAGUAUUGGAUUUACCUUGCUCCAGUCUUCAAUUUAUGAUGUGCCCGGCGGAAAAAGAGCAGUAUUGUUUGACCGACUUUCAGGUGUUCAAAAACAGGUUGUUCAAGAAGGCACCCACUUCUUAGUCCCUUGGGUUCAAAAGUCCAUUGUGUAUGAUGUCCGAACACGCCCCAGGAACAUUGCUACAACGACAGGUAGUAAAGACUUGCAAAUGGUAUCAUUGACUCUUCGAGUGUUACAUCGUCCUGAGAUUGGUAUGCUUCCUCAAAUUUACCAAAACCUUGGCCUGGAUUACGAUGAACGUGUGCUUCCUUCAAUUGGUAAUGAAAUUCUGAAAUCCGUGGUUGCUCAAUUUGACGCCGCUGAACUUAUUACUCAACGUGAGGUUGUAUCAGCUAAGAUUCGCCAGGAACUUGUUCAAAGAGCCACUGAAUUUGGUAUUCGUUUGGAAGAUGUUUCCAUUACUCACAUGACUUUCGGUAAAGAGUUUACUAAGGCUGUUGAACGAAAACAGAUUGCUCAACAAGAAGCUGAACGAGCCCGCUUUUUAGUCGAACAAGCUGAGCAAGAGAAACAGGCCAAUAUUCUUCGUGCUGAAGGUGAAGCUGAAGCAGCCGAUAUAGUCUCGAAAUCUCUUGAUAAGGCUGGUAAUGCUUUGAUCCAAAUUCGUACCUUAGAGACAAGCAAACAAAUUGCCUCAGCUCUUGCUGAGAAGGGCUCUCAAGUUACUUAUCUUCCUUUUGGUGGAAGGUCUAGCGCACCUGGUAGUGAAACGUCAGGAUCAUCUAGCGGAUUUCUUUUGAAUUUGAAUCCUUAA